GAUUAACUGAAAUUCAAGUCAUAAUUUCUGUGCGCGAUUGCCUUUACAAGUCAACCUUUCAGAGACGAGGGAACAUAUGAGCUGUAUCUGAUUGUAAUUAUUUUAUAAUUAUUGUGUCUCUAUAUACAGAGGUGGUAACUUCCGUUUUAAUAGGCUCGCAUUGCGCCAGAAUGAUCGAAUUGCUUCAACGGUUUUGGUAAGCGACCACUACCAUACUUAUUAUUAUCAGGUACUGUAGCCGCCCGCACAAAUCGUUCCACUGGCAGAUCCGGCGGUUGCACUUGUACGUGCGGGCGGCUACAGUACUGGAGUCUGGAUAUAGUGGAGAAAACUUUAAAUUCACUGGUCGGUGUCAAAGCAGAAGCUGAGCAGAAUAAUAAGGCACAGAAGCACCGGAAGCUACACCGGAAACUAUACCACCUAGGCACCUACGCCGAUGCUAUACUUGAACAACAUCGUUACCUCCUACCGGGCGGCGCUUCCGCUAAAAUCAAUCAAGCCAUGGACUGUGUAUAUUCUCAGUUCGCACUGCUGACAAUCGAAAAAAUUCUAUAUUCUGAAUUUCAAUUUUUGCAGCAAACUUUUACAGUUUACUGUCUAAACAACCUCGUUUUUCUGUUGUUCGUUUUCCAAUCUUUUAACAUCGGCUGAAUGUUUUUUAACAAUUGUGUACGCUGCGAUUUCCAUGUGGUUUCCAUGCUGAUCGGGAUUUGUAAUCCUAAAGCGUCAGUAAUCCUAAAGGAUUUGAAUACUAGUCGACGGAGUUUGGCUGUUCCGGAUAUACAUAUCAUAAUCAUUCAUGUAAAAACAUGUCGCUUUCCUCUUCCUGCGCUGGUCCUCAGGAGCGGGGUGCGCUGACGGGCAUCGCCGACUGCCUGAGACGAUCGCUUGUUAGCGGUGAACUAAGUGACAUCAAGUUUUCCGUGGGACGGGAUCAUGGUGAAGUGCGGAUGUUCCCUGCGCAUAAGAACAUCGUCAGUCUGCGCAGCGAUGUCUUCCAUGCCAUGUUCUAUGGCAGCUUGGCGGACAAAUGCGCAGAUAUCGUGGAUAUUCCCGAUAUCCAUCCAGAUGCCUUCGCCAACAUGCUCAGUUACAUCUACACGGACGCGGUGGACGGUCUGCGUUUGGAGAACGUCCUGGCCACGUGGUCCUGCGCGGACAAGUACGAUUUACCAUUGCUGGUGGAGAAAUGCUCCGACUUCGUCCGCGGGCACUUAAACGUCGACAACUGCCUGCCAAUUUUGGACCGGCUGGUGGUGGGGAUGUUCGACGCGGAGUGCGUUGUGGAGCGAUGCUUGGACCUGGUCGACGCCGCCAGUGAAGUUCUCCUGCUGACCGCUGACUUCCUGGCCAUUGCGCCGGCCACGCUGGAGAUGAUCGUGCAGCGUAAUUCCCUGGCGGCGGACGAAUAUAGCGUGUACAAUGCUGUGGAGAGUUGGGCUGUGGAGGCGUGCAGCCGUAAUGCCCUGGAACCGAGCCGUGAUAGCCGCCGCGAGAUGUUGGGUGCGGCUUUAUUUGCCGUACGGUUUCCCGUGUUGACCGAUGCUCAGCUAGCCAAAGGACCCGUGAAGAGUGGCCUGUUGCUGCAGUCGGAACUGUGGGACAUCUACCAGUACAAACACGAUAUCCUCACCGCACAUCCACUCCCCUUUCCCACGGAACCUCGAAAAUACGUGCAGCACCGCGUCGGUCCGCAUGUCUUCAAGGACGGCGAAGAAGUGUUUGUCGAAUGCCCCGACGGUUUUUGGUACGCGGUGCGGGUAAGCGGGACCCGCGGCACCGCGGUGGUCUGUCAGUGGACAAAGAGCGCCGGCCGGCCGGUGCCUCUGGAGAAGCUGGUGCGGGCGGCGGAUAUCCUGCGACGUGGACGCCGCGUUUUUGCUAAAACUGUUCCCGACAAGGCAUCGAUGGAUGCGGUGUAUAUUACACGCCGGGCUGGUCAGCAUGUGAUCAUUGUCGCCGAUUGCCAACACACGGUGAAGAUGAUGCAUCUGAAAAUUCCUAGCGAAGUGGUCUUGCAAUGGAAAACGGAAACGGGGAAAUAGCGUCGCUAUG